UUUGUGAGAGGCGGAGCUUGCCAAUGUCUGUCUUGCUUGUCAGUGAGUGCAGGAAGUGACCUUGUUGGUAACACGUUUGUUUCUAUUAGGCUCAUGCCUAGGGUCUCAUUGUUUUGUGUUUCCCUGCUAUGCUGCUUAUCACUUAAAUCGUGACAACUAAUAUAUAUUCAUAAGACAUGGCUAGUACUAUGAUAGCUGCUGGGCUGACCAUAGCUGUUGCAGGAUUUGCUGGUCGUUAUGCGUUGCAAGCUAUAAAACACAUGGAACCUCAGGUGAAGCAAGCUCUUCAGUCUCUGCCAAAAUCCGCCUUCAGUGGUUAUUAUAAAGGUGGCUUUGAACCCAAGAUGAACAAACGUGAAGCCGCAUUAGUGCUGGGAGUCAGCCCAACUGCCAAUAAAACAAAGAUUAGGGAAGCACACCGAAGAAUUAUGUUGUUAAAUCAUCCAGAUAAAGGUGGAUCCCCAUAUUUGGCAGCCAAGAUUAAUGAAGCAAAGGAUUUGCUGGAUGGGCAGGCAAAGAAAUGAAGACCGUUUUUGGACUAUUUCAAGGAUUUUAUUAAUUUAAUAUAAAACUAUGACUAUAAAUUAUGGAUACAUGAGGAGCUGUUUUCUGCCAUUUUAAAGAGGAAGCUGCUACCAUACAUAACUAGACUUGUGUAUGUGCAUCUUAUUCAGCUCAUUAGAAUGUCUUGCAUCAAUUUAAAUAUGAAUGUGAUCAAACGUCAAAUAUUCUAUACUGGGAUUUAGAUGUUUCCAAUUAAUUAAAAAAUAUUUUCUUUACACAGUGUAUAUUAUUUUAAAGUUUUUUUUUUCCGUUUUUUUUAAUAAGGGGAAUUAUUGAAUUGUUACAUAAAUAACUGCUCUACUAAUCACAACCACAGAAAUUGGUAAAUAAAGUGGGUAAUAUUCACUAACUAUUUAUUUCCUCUUCUGAAACACCUGCAAGUACUGCUGGUAAAAAAAAAAGCUGCAUUAACUCCAGGGAACGUCUCCUAAACUGACCAGGGGUCCUGUUAGUCACAAAUGAAGUUUGUAUUACACGUCACUUCCUGAUUGUCAAGAGAAGCCAUCAAAUAAAACUUGUUUUCUACAAA